GUUCUCCAAACAGCAAACCUAUCAAUGCUGUGAUCAUGGCAAUUACAGGAUUUUUCAUUGGAGGCCCUUCUAACAUGAUCAGCUCUGCAAUUUCUGCUGACCUGGGACGCCAGGAUCUGGUGAAAGGCAGCAGUGAGGCUCUGGCAACAGUUACGGGGAUUGUGGAUGGAACUGGCAGCAUUGGUGCUGCAGUGGGCCAGUAUCUCGUGUCUUUGAUCCAGGAGAACCUGGGAUGGAUGUGGGUUUUCUAUUUCUUUAUUUUAAUGACGAGUUCAACGAUCCUGUUCAUUUCACCAUUAAUAGUGAGGGAGAUCAAAUUGCUUCUGCAUGAGCGGCGCCUGCGAAUGCUGGCUGAGUGACUUCUGCUCACCUCUGGAAGGGCUGUGGGAUGGACCUGACAGCUGGGACACUAAUCAAGGCUCUGGAAGACUCGUUUCUUACAUCCUCCAGGUUUGGACUGGUUCACAAUGGCUCUGCAAGACUGGAUUGACCUCCCUUUGCGAGCUCAAUAAUGAAGUACCAAAUACCCGUCCUGAGACCACCCACAUCGUGGAGCUGCUGACCUCAGCUAGACAAUCUGUGGGACUGGUGGAUUGUCCCCACCUACCAGACUCUUCCCCGUCGGCAGCCUCACUGGGGUCUUCUGUUGGGUGGCCUCACUGUUAUACCCUUUCUUAUUUAUUUCUGGAUGUCCUGACCAAAGGUCAACGGUUUAAAACUGACGGUAGAGAGGCUGUCUUGCAACAAAUUUUGAUGCACUGUUGUGCUGGUGAAAUCAUACAGUGCAUUUCAUGGGUAG